CAUUUAUGGAUCAAUAUCAUUUGUGUAGAUAUUAAACACAGAAGGGCCUUGAGGGAUCCCAAUAUGUGAGGUUUCAGUUGGGGAGUUAAUGUCAACAUAUUAUGUUUUGUUUCUAGGAUUUAAGUCUGUGAAGUGUACAAAUUGCUUUCUAUUCACAAGAGUUGGGGAUAUAUAGCGUGCCGAAUGCAUUGAGCUUGUAAGCAGUUUGAUUAUUUCAUGGUGCGGCCUCGAAAUUCAUUAUAUCCCUGACGCUUCACAAAGUAUCAUGGAUUCCAAAAUUCAGCUUAUAACAAAUUUAAAUGAAUUUCCGAGAGUUAGAAAGUCACGAAUCUUGAAGGGUCUCUGCACAUUCUGCGUGGUAUUAACAGUUCUGCCAAUUUUUCUCGUCCUAAAUUCUUUUCAGAAAAGCCACCAAAAUAUCAUAAGAAUUGAGAAGGAUUAUGGAAUUCAACCCCAAACUCAACCUCCUUGCACCGAUUUGGUCUGCCAGCGUCAUGCCCGAAUCGACUCAGCCUUAGAAAUUUUAGAAUCACGCAACAUUUCCCGCCAAGCGAUUUUCUUCAUCGAGACCUCAGGCAGGGGCACUCUGUUACCCCGGCAGUUGUGCGCCCUAGAGUCGGCGGCCAGGCACAACCCCGACGCCGAUAUUUACGGGCUGCUGCUGGACCUACCAGCCGACCCUCGUCUCACCAGGGAUGAGCAGGUGCUCACCCUGCUGCGAUACUACGGCAACGUGCGCCUGCUCUGGGCCAAAUCCGCCACUUAUUUCGUCGGAACGCCACUUCAAGAGUGGAACAUUGCUAACCGCAUCAAUACCAGCGUGAACCGCGCUGAGGAUGCCAGUGACAUUAUGAGAGUUGUCACCGUACUAAAGUACGGUGGGAUAUAUCUCGAUUUGGACUUUGUGAUCCAGCAGUCUCUGACCUCAAUGCCGCCCAAUUGGCUGACUUUUGAGUUGGGCAGCAACCCCACAAGUAGCGCAUUCGGCUUCCAAAAGGGCCACCCAAUGGUGAAUAUUAUGGCCAACGAACAAGCCGCAACCUUCGACGGAUCAAUCUUUGGAUACAGUGGGCCCAGCAUGGUGGCUCGUGUGAUGAGUCGGACCUGCGGAAUGAGUCUUUCCGAGUUGUUCAAUACAGGCAAAAACUGCACUGACAUCGUAGUACUCAAGCCAGAUAAAUUCUAUCCCAUAUCCUACCCUGCGUGGCGCCUAUUAUUCGACGAAUCUGUUGCUGGCCAGACGAUGGAAACUGUGAGAAGCAGUUUAGGCGUGCACAUGUUCAACUACCUAAGUCACGGCGCCAAUGUUACGCUUGGUUCUAAUCAGGCGUAUAGUCAGCUUGCGCAGAAACACUGCCCCCGGGCCUACUGGAGCUGCUUUAAGAACUUUUGAUUUAAUUUCAUUUGAAAAUUUCAAGAUCAAAUAAAUUAAUCGUACGUUU